AUGGAGAGGUUUUACAACCUGCCACCAUUCAAAUGUGCUACCCUAUCGGCGAGGUUGGAAUUGCAAGAUGUUUUUUACAGCAUCCCGGGGGCGGAUGUAGAAGAAGAUGUGGGUGAAGAUGAGGAUGAAGUAGUUGAUCCAUACAAGGUUGCACUUGAGAAGUUGGACGCAUAUUUUGCUCCCAAGCGCCAUGAAUCUUAUGAAAGAUUUGAUUUUUGGGCAUUGAAGCCUGAGGUUGAUGAGCCAUUUGAAAAAUUCGUCCUGCGUGUCCAGCAACAUGCCUCGAAAUGCCAAUUUGGGAGAACGGAGCAAGAAGCGAGAGACACAGCAAUUAUGGACAAGGUGAUUCAAUUGGCUUCUAUAGAGCUGCGAGAAAAAUUGCUGGAGAAGAAAAAUCCGACAGUGGGUAACAUGAUCAAUCAAGUGAAUAUUUUUCAAAUGAUCAAGGCUCAGGCAAAGGAGAUGGGUCAACCAGCCACAAAGAUUGAGUUGAAUACUGAGGUGAAUCAGAUACAAGCCAAACCUGAUAAUCCAAAACCCAUGACUAAUGUGGAAUGCUUCCGAUGUGGUAGAAAAGGACAUUAUGCUCGGGAUCCCAAAUGUCCGGCGAAGGAUAAAACCUGCCUCAAGUGUAAGAUGCGUGGUCAUUUUGCCGUAAAAUGCCAACAACAGCAGCGUGGGGUGAAACGAUCCAAUGAUUCACAGGUGACUACCACCCCUCCCGAAAAGAAAAGCAAGGUAAAUGCUGUUGCGACGGACAGUGAGGCAAAACCACUGGAGAGUUUUAUCUACAAUAUCGGAGAUGGUGAUGAGCGUAUUUGGUGUCGAGUUGGAGGAGUUCUCGUUGAGAUGUUGAUUGACUCAGGGUCUUCACAAAAUAUUAUUGAUGAAGCAACGUGGACGUAUAUGAAGAACAAUGAUGCGGUUAUUCAGGAGGUUGAAGGGGAAGCUCGAUCUAUUUUGAGAGCAUAUGCGCAGAAUGAUCCACUGCAGAUUUUGAAGGUUUUUAAGGCUGAGAUAGCUAUUGCUGAAGGGAAUGAUAAGUUGUUGAAAACCGCAACGUUCUAUGUGAUCAAAGGGGGUUCACUUUGUUUGCUUGGGAGAUACACAGCCAAGUUGUUGGGGGUGUUGAUUUUGGGAUUACCCAGCACUCAGGAUCAUUUCAUCGGACAAAUGGAAGAGAAGAGAAUCACCCCUUUUCCUAAGAUGAAAGGGAUUAAACUUGUGAUUCCAAUUGAUGAUUCAGUUCAACCAGUCACUCAACAUGCUCGUCGCCCUCCAAUCGCGCUUUUGAAGAAAGUUGAGGAAAAAUUGGAGGAAUUGGAAAGAUCUGAUAUCAUAGAACCGGUGAAUGAACACAGCGCUUGGGUUUCACCAAUUGUGGUGAUCUCAAAGGACAAUGGAGAUAUCCGCAUCUGUGUGGACAUGCGACAAGCAAACAAAGCGAUUAAGCGUGAAAAUCACUUGAUGCCCGUGUUGGAAGACUUCUUGCCACGAUUGGAGUCAGCGAAAAUUUUUUCACGCCUGGACAUCAAAAACGCCUUUCAUCAAAUUGAAUUGGACGAAAGCUCUCGCCAUAUAACGACUUUUAUAACCCACAAAGGAAUGUUUCGGUAUAAGCGACUGAUGUUCGGAAUUUCCUGUGCCCCUGAAAUUUUCCAGAAGGUAAUGGAGCAAAUUUUGUGCGGGUGCCACAAUGCUAUGAAUUAUAUCGAUGAUAUAAUUGUUUUCGGGGUUUCUCUGGAGGAUCAUGACAAGGCGUUGAAUAAAGUAUUGGCUACUUUGAAAGAGAAUGAUGUACUCUUGAAUCAAUCGAAAUGCAUAUUUCGUGUUUAUCAAAUUCAGUUUUUGGGACACGUGCUUUCUGAGAAAGGCAUCAGACCGAUGGAAUCUAAAGUGGAAGCAGUACAAAAGUUUAGGUCACCUGAAACAAAGGAAGAAGUUCGCAGUUUUCUCGGAUUGAUAACGUAUGUUAGUAGAUUUCUUCCUGAUUGUGCAACGGCCACAUUUCCUCUCAGACAAUUGAUGUGCAGCAGUGACCCCUUUAUUUGGAAGGAAAUCCAUCAGGAAGCAUUUGAUAAGCUGAAGAACAUGAUUGCUGAUGCAUCUCCAGUGGGGUUGGGAGCAGUACUGUUGCAAUUCGAGGAUGACACUGUUGAUAAACCACUAAUCAUUGCUUAUGCGAGUAAAUGUCUCUCCAAAACUGAACGCAAGUACUGCCAAACGGAGAAGGAGGCUCUAGCUCUCGUUUGUAAUGAAUGGAAGUACGGAAUUCGAGGCUGA